GUGGGGUGACCCAUCCGGAUGUGGCUCGUGUGACCCCUCUAAGAACUCCUCCCAAUGCUCUCUACCAAUCGCGAUGGGUUUCGGCCGCAUAGGACCACCCCCAGAGCAGAUUUGACCAAUCGGUGGUGUUCCGGGGUGGAGUGACCCGCCCAGAUGAGGGUCUUGUCACCCUUCUAAGAACUCCAACCAGCGCCCUCUGCCAAUCAGAGCGCAACACUAUCACCCCAUAAGUCCCAGCGCCGGGGCAGAAGAGGCCAUCUUUUACCAAGGAUGCGUGCUUUAGAAAUCAUGGAAACAUGGGCUCCUUCACCAUCCCUGUGAGCACUUUGGACAUUGUUUUCGCCCCGAGGGCCUUUGGGCUUUUGUGGAGAAAGGGCUAGAUCAGUGACAGUUCCCACGAGGGCUCUUUGACUCAGCCGUCGAUGGAUACGCCAGAACCCGAAACCCAAAUUCUCGUGAGGCACCCCAAUGAGCAUGAAGGCCUCUCAGUUUUCACCCCCCUAGAGGUGGAAGGCGAACACAGCUCGGGGGAGUCAUCGGAGAACGAGGUGAAUGGAAAAGACAUUGCUCAGCUUGAUGAUGCCUUUCUAGAGGAGCCAGAGGCCCUGGACAGCAUUACAUCAAGCAGCGAAGAUGAACCAGGCUCUCCUUGUUUUUGCUCAAUGCCGAUACAAAUUGUUGAAGAGGACUCCGAGGAUGACAGCUAUGAGGAGUUUAGGAGGCUUGGCAUGGAAGUAACUGAGCCAGUGCCACGUCGUGAGCAUAAAAUAGUCAUGCGGACUAUUGUACGUGUUGCUGUUUAUGCUGUCCUUAAUCCCGGCCUUAGGGAAAAGCUUUCUGAAGAUUGUGAGGGCCGUGUCAUAGAUGUGCCAGCCCAACGGCGCCAUGACUGUGCGACUUGGACUUCAGUAGAUCUAAACUGCAAGCUCCGGGGCCUGUGUGCUGAGCUGUAUUUGGAAAGCUUAUUAAACACUGUUCUUGCCAUAGGUUAUGCUAUGCAAUGUCUGUGCCUAACCCAAGAACAUUUAGCAUAAGGGGUGACCUUGAUAAAUGCUGUGCAAUUUAGUGCAGACUCUGACCGUGUUUUAAAGAAAAUGACCAAACCGGAAGAUGUCUGCGUCACAUUAUUGACUUGAACUGGGACCGUAUAGAACAUGGUUGCAACCAAGGUCCUGUAGUGGCACCAAAUCUUAUGUAAAGGGGGUCAUAUAAGGGGUCUAAGACCAG